GUUUUUUUAAUAAAAAAAAGUUUUGUUGAUAUUAUCAUUUACGGUUUCAUCUUUUAUCAAUAUUUAAUUUUCCUUUCACAAAUAUUCGUCUUGCUUCUUUUUAUCAUCAUCUAUCCCAUCCCCAUUUGUCAUCAAUCUACUCUAUUUCUUUUUGUCAUUGUUCACUUGUCCCCUCUUCCAUUCUCCAAUAUCCUAUAAAUAGCGUCAUCUUUAACUCGCAAUCACUAUUUACUCAUACACUAACUCCAUUUCUACUUCAUAGUAUCGAUUCUCUUAAUUGGGACAUCGAUAAUUUAAAAGAUCUCGGAAUGUUCUCGAAUAAUAUCCUAGACAUGAUAGCAUCAGAUACCAAAAUGUGGAUUGUGAUACUCCGUCAGAGCGAAAAGUUUUUGACUAUGCAAAGUAUUGCUCGCGAUAAUAUAGAUGACCGGGGAGGAAUGGGUAAGAUUUUUGGCGAUGUGGUUAAGGCGGAGAAGAGAGAGCCAGAUGGAGUUUGGAUGAAUUUGUUUGGGGCUAGGGAGUGGAAGGCGAAAAAGGUAUAUUUAUCAUAACCCCUAUCUAAUAUCUUCAUAGUAACAAUGUAUUGAUACUGUCUAGGGAGAUAAGAGUAAUACAGAAUCGAAAGGCCAAGGUAGCGCAGGAUCCGCAAGCCUGCACGAAAGAAUCGCGGAGUUGAGGCAAUGGGGAAAGAAUGUUUCCGAAUGGGUUAACAUGGCAAGUAGUUUUUCAAGACGUUUGGAUGAGAUGGUUGAGGAUGGGUUUUAAGGUUGGAGGCGAUUGAGCGAGUGCUUGCUUUCAUUUGAUUUGUUUAUCGUAAACAUACAUCCUACAGAAAGAAAGUUGAAAAAUGCUGAAAGAUUGUUCUUGAUGGUUUAAAGAAUUGUAUUUAGAAUUUUAUACAACUGUAUUCCCCGAUCUGAAAUAGUAUUGUUUGGUAGAUUAUACAGGGUAUUGUAGAAUACUUUGAAUGGGAAAGCUAUUGGAUUUAUUAAUUGAUGGGAGGAAACAUUCUGGUGAUUGUGGUAGAUCUUGAAAGCAGUUGAUUUUG